AUGCCAACUUCUUCAUUUCCCGAUCAAGUCAAAUCUAGUUUGAACAACAUAUGCCAUCUAUUUACAAAAUGUAUCCAACGUUACGCCCUUCAUUGUAGUACCGAUGGCCAUUUUGCUCAACUAAUAUUCGGUGCAGAUCUAGUUCGUGCUCAUCGAUCUCUAACUAAUAUCCAUACUUCAGCUGGUAUUACACAACUUCUUGUCAAUCAUUUUGUUUCAUUUGAAGAACAAUUAGGUACAAAUGUAAAAACAUUAGCAUUUUUUAUACAUACUCUAUGUAUGGAUCAAACUCUUAUGGAGAUGAACAUCUGUGAACGACGUUUAUUGUUAUCAAAUAUAUACAAAAAAUUAACUUCUAUUGAAUAUCCAAUAACAAAGAGAAAUAUUCUUGAAAAAAAAGCAGACAUUAAUAUUGAAUUAUUAAUUGACCAUAUUCUUGAUACGUUGCCUAGGUUAAUUUUUGAUCGGCAAAACUUUUAUCAUCAUCUUCUUUGCCGUUUAGUCAAACAUAAUCUCGAUCGAAUUGAUGAUUAUCUUAUUUAUAAUCAACAACUAUCAUUUGUUACAAUUGGCUCAUCGAUAAAACAAUCGCGUUUAAUUGAUGGUAUUCUUUUACCGAUUCAUAAUUCUCAUAAGUUACUCCCAUCUUUUAUUUCAAAUAGUCAAUUAACGAUUUUAUUUUUAAAUAUACAAUCAUCAGAAUUUGAUAAAUCUUCAUUGUUCACAAUAGUUGAUCAUAACCAAGAAUUUUUUUCAUAUGACACAUUAGUUUAUCGGCAAUUUGUUAAAAAGUAUUUAAUUAACGUUAACCUCAUUAUUUCAUUAUCAUGCAUUAAUGAAACAUUUCUAUUUGAAUUACAUCAAGCAAACAUAAAUGUUAUUGAUGCAUUAGAUGAACAAACAUUUGAAUUUCUUUUAAAAGUCUAUCAAUGUUUACCAUGUAAUCGUUUAUUGAUUUCAGAAGAUGAAUCUAUUGAUAAAAUAUCGACAAUUUUACUCGAUCGUCAUGUUGUUGUGGACCAACAAGCGUACAUCUAUUUAUCAUCAAAUGGUUAG